AUGUGUCACACAUUAGUGGUUUACUUUUCCAUCACUAGGGCUGGCAAGUCCACCUUCGUGCAGCGCAUUACCUCCUACCUCCACUCGCAAAAUCCUCAACAACCGCCAUACAUCCUAAACCUUGACCCAGCGGUUACUCAUGUGCCAUUUGAGGCCAACAUUGAUAUCCGGGAUACUGUAAACUACAAAGAAGUCAUGAAACAGUAUAACCUAGGACCGAACGGUGGCAUUUUGACUGCCUUGAAUCUUUUUACGACGAAAUUUGACCAGGUUCUGGAGUUGAUCGAGAAACGGGCUGAGACAGUCGAUCACAUAAUUCUUGACACUCCGGGGCAAAUUGAGAGUUUUACUUGGUCAGCAUCUGGUGCUAUCAUCACGAAUGCCGUUGCUUCCUCGUUUCCCACUGUGGUGGCAUACAUCAUCGACACCCCACGGACGACAGCUCCAGUGACAUUCAUGUCUAACAUGCUGUAUGCCUGCAGUUUGAUGAAUAGCGUGAGUCUCGUUUUGGACGAAUUCUACAAACACCUCAAGGCUGUCAGCGUCUCAAGUACAACAGGUGCCGGUAUCAAGGAAUUUUCGAUGCGUGAAUAUCUCCCAGAACUUGAACGCGCCCGCGUGGCACGGGAAAACUCACUGCAGGAUAUAAAAGAGGACUCAAUAAAUCGCCUGAUGAAAGAUCUUGCCGUUGAUCGUGCAGCAAAUCCCAAGGCAGCCGCAGAAGACCGCUGGGCGUCGGACGAGGAAGAUGUCGAUGAUGACGACGAGCUGGAAGUCAACCUGAUCGAUCGGAGUGAGUGA